AUGGAAAUUAAACAACACAUACCUCGGGCCCUCACAUUCGACCCAGAGUAUGCCGAAUGGCGCAAACCAUUCGGCAACCUCACCAAUGUUCCGCUAUGCAAGACCGUGAGAGAAAUGCGAAAGUACAACGACACCUUUACUCGAGUAGUAUGGGCCCAAAUGCCACCCCAGCCGACAAUUAAACGCAAAGUGUACCGAAUCCCUUCCUACGAUGGCGUAGAGUUGGAAAUCACCCGCUUCGCAACCACAGAGCAGCUCGAGAGCCCAACGCCUCUGCCGGCGUGGCUCCAAUUCCACGGCGGCGGCGUCUGCGCGCUGAGCAUUGAGAUUUAUGCACCACUCCUGGCCAAGCAGGCGGCCGAGUCUGGUGCGCAGCUGCUUGCCGUCGAGUACCGCCUGGCGCCCGAGCACCCUGCCCCGGGCCCCGUGGAGGACUGCUACGCGGCGCUGCGCUGGGUGUCAGAGCAUGCGGCCGAGCUGGGCCUUGACGCGGCGCGGUUGGGCCUCAUGGGCGACAGCGGCGGCGGCGCCCUCGUGGCCGGCUGUUCGCUCAUGGCCCGGGAUCGCGGUCUCGAGCCCCCCGUCGCCCGCCAGCUCAUGACCUACCCCAUGCUGGACGAUCGGACCAUAAAGCGCCUCUCGCCGCAGAAUCCGCAGGCCCCGCUCGUUUCGCUUCCGCUCGGGACCCUGGCCAUGUGCUGGGAGGCGUAUGUCGGAAAGGACAAGGCGGGCAGCCUGGAUGAGGGGGCCGUCAGCCCCUACGUGGCCCCGGGUCGGGCUACGGACCUCUGCGGUCUGCCGCCCACUUAUAUUGACGUGGGCUCCCUCGAUUUGUUCCGAGACGAGUGCGCCAUGUUUGCUGCCAGGCUGGCGGCGGCCGACGUCGAUAUUGAGUUUCAUCUCUUUAGCGGCGUGCCGCAUGGGUUCGAAGCAGCCAGCGAAAUAAGCAUUACCAAGAUGGCUCUGGAAAGACGAUACCGCUUCAUGAGAAACUUGUAA